UGAGUUUUCUUUUGUUAUUUGAAAUAAACCCAAAAGAAAUGUAUUGUCUUCAAGUUGCAGCUUAUCACUUGUUCUUCAACGCAGCUCGGUUAUGUUAUCUUCUUGCUUUGAUUAUCCUUGUCUUUCUCAGAUUCUUUUCUAUUUUCCAGAAUAUCUCAGUAGUGAAUCACAUAGGCGACUCCCGAACGGCGUCGUUUUUGGCGACUGCUGAUGCACAGCAAGCUCAUGGAGAUUUGAAUGUAACUUUCUCUGGUCGUUUCUUAGGAUCUGUAAUAAAAGAUAUCGCUGAUAAUGUUUUCUAGUUAGCUGUGUAUUCUUUAUGGACUUAUCAUCAUAUAUAUAAUAACGUUGAAUAUUUUCACUA